AGGGAGGAGGACUUCCUUGUAGUGCAGGGUGGUGACUUCCUCACUGCACCCACAGCUUGCAGCCUCGCAGCGGGACUGAAGGUGCUAAGCUGGCAUACCUUUCCAGGAACCUUUGACAAUAGGACGAUGUUGUACACAGAGCUGCUGCGGUUGUGGGAUGAAGCAGGGAAGGCAGUGGAUGCCAGAGACUGGCAGGGAGCCCUGUCUAAACUGAACCAGAUCACUGAACCUACCUCAGGUACUGUGUUUCUGACUGCCUCGGCUCACCUUGCCCUGGGGCAGCUGGAGCCUGCCAUCCAGGCGUUAGACCAGACCAUAGCCAAGGAUGAGCGACUUGCAGUUGGCUUUUUCCAAAGAGCUGGAACACUCAUAAUGGCUAGCAGGCUGGAGGAGGCUCUGAAUGACUGUAUCUCGGCUCAGAAACACAUGAGAGGGAACGUGGUCAUUGACUACAGACAGCUGGGGCUACGCUACAAGCUCUACAGCUGGCAGGUACAACAGACUUACACCACAGUAAGGGAGAGGUGCUGCCCAUCCUCCUGGUGCCAGAGGGAGAGGUGCUGCCCGUCCUCCUGGUGCCAGAGGGAGAGGUGCUGCCCGUCCUCCUGGUGCCAGAGGGAGAGGUGCUGCCAGAGGGAGAGGUGCGUCCUCCUGGUGCCAGAGGGAGAGGUGCUGCCCGUCCUCCUGGUGCCAGAGGGAGAGGUGCUGCCCAUCCUCCUGGUGCCAGAGGGAGAGGUGCUGCCCAUCCUCCUGGUGCCAGAGGGAGAGGUGCUGCCCAUCCUCCUGGUGCCAGAGGGAGAGGUGCUGCCCAUCCUCCUGGUGCCAGAGGGAGAGGUGCUGCCCAUCCUCCUGGUGCCAGAGGGAGAGGUGCUGCCCAUCCUCCUGGUGCCAGAGGGAGAGGUGCUGCCCAUCCUCCUGGUGCCAGAGGGAGAGGUGCUGCCCAUCCUCCUGGUGCCAGAGGGAGAGGUGCUGCCCGUCCUCCUGGUGCCAGAGGGAGAGGUGCUGCCCGUCCUCCUGGUGCCAGAGGGAGAGGUGCUGCCCGUCCUCCUGGUGCCAGAGGGAGAGGUGCUGCCCGUCCUCCUGGUGCCAGAGGGAGAGGUGCUGCCCGUCCUCCUGGUGCCAGAGGGAGAGGUGCUGCCCGUCCUCCUGGUGCCAGAGGGAGAGGUGCUGCCCGUCCUCCUGGUGCCAGAGGAGAGGUGCUGCCGUCCUCCUGGUGCCAGAGGAGAGGUGCUGCCCCUGGUGCCAGAGGGAGAGGUGCUCCCCUCCUGGUGCCAGAGGGAGAGAGGAGAGGUGCUGCCCGUCCUCCUGGUGCCAGAGGGAGAGGUGCUGCCCAUCCUCCUGGUGCCAGAGGGAGAGGUGCUGCCCGUCCUCCUGGUGCCAGAGGGAGAGGUGCUGCCCAUCCUCCUGGUGCCAGAGGGAGAGGUGCUGCCCAUCCUCCUGGUGCCAGAGGGAGAGGUGCUGCCCAUCCUCCUGGUGCCAGAGGGAGAGGUGCUGCCCAUCCUCCUGGUGCCAGAGGGAGAGGUGCUGCCCAUCCUCCUGGUGCCAGAGGGAGAGGUGCUGCCCAUCCUCCUGGUGCCAGAGGGAGAGGUGCUGCCCAUCCUCCUGGUGCCAGAGGGAGAGGUGUUCCGUCCCAGGAAACAGAACGUAGAACAACUGGGACAGAGAGACUUCCUGGGCAAACCAAAGGUAAUUUCCUCAAUGAUUCCCAAUGAUGACUUUGGUGGAUUUGAACCUCUCAGGACCAAUAAACCGGGAUACUACGAGCCCAAGGUGGAUAGAGUGGAGGAAUCUCGCUACAUGCGUCUGCGUAACCUCUACAUGUCCCAAGCCCCUGGGCAGCUGACGGUGCCUGGGGGAGCCAUAGUGUUUAUUUUCAGUGAUGCAGACAGAGAUGGACUGGCCAUGGUCAUACAUGAUGGACAGAAAGGACUUGUCCCCAUGACCCUGCUGGACCCAGUGGAUGUCAACAAGUCCAAAGGCAGAAGAAAAAUUCCCAGUGGGAUCCCCCUCCCACCGGGGCUCAAGCCGCCCACUCGCCCACAGAGCCAUCUUAGCCACGAAGAACCUCCACAGGAGAGGCCUGAUAGAGAGGCAUCUCCACCCUCCUACCUACCAACCACCUUCACCCCACCACCCAUCCACGGUGGACAGUCCUACACCGAGGACCCUCUGGCCAACUGUACCAUUCUCUACCAGAUGGUGGCACUGUGUGACUAUGCAGCUGAGGGACCAGAGGAUUUGGAGUUCGGCGAGGGAGACACUAUUGACAUUCUCAGUGAAGUCAAUGAAGAGUGGCUGGAGGGUCACUGUGCUGGUAACAUUGGCAUCUUCCCCAGCCUUUUUGCCUACCGGGAAAGGGAGGCCCCCUCAACCAUCGAUCGGAUGACCCUGUUGCUAUCAAACAAGGAAUAGGCUCAACUCUUGCUCACAGUUAACAACUUGAUAUUUUAUUUAUCUAAUUCAAGUUAAAAUGAUGACGGCUGUCAACGGCCUUCAUCAGAAUCAGUACGGAGACGAUGCAGCAUGUCAUCUCUUGGUGUGCUUCUGUGGUUGUCUGCUGGAGGACUACAUCAUUGGGUUUGCUGCAUGCCUGACCAAGCCACGGACAUUUUCCAUCCACUCAGAGGGAAUAGAGUGGGCAUACUGGGUAGCAUUUGACCAACAGGUCAAACUUAAAGUGUUUCACCUCUUCUACUUACUGUCAACUGCUGUGAAUGAAUGUGGACCACUGUUAUACUCUUAUAUGGUUGUUACUUCCUCCAUGAUCAUGUAAACCUGUUAAACUAAAGAAGAUCUAAUGGUAAGAAUGGUGAUGUUCACUUUUGUUGAAGAAAACAUAAUAAGUCUGUUGUGGAAAUUCUACACAGGGACACUCGAAGUCAAUCUUAAAGGAAUCAUUGUUUAUUAACAACAACUUCCUUUCGUUCUCAAAACAAGGUUUUGGGCAUACAGAUAGUGAGGAUCCGUUCCAUCAGGCACUUACAUGAACACAGAAAUUGGUUACUAGAAAAGCACAAACACAACUCAAUUCAUGAAAUAGGACAUGCAAUGCAAUAAUCCCAUUCCCUAAUUCCAUUAAAGCUAAUUUACUCGAUUGCCCACAUUGAACAAACUUCAUAACAUGUAUGGACUUCCAGUCGUUCUUAACAGGGCUCUGGACUGACUGGUAGAAAAAUAGAAGCCUGAGUCUGUGUGAAUGAAGUGUAAGGGUAGAGGACCUUGUCUGUAUCCCAAAUAGAACCCUUUUCCAUAUGUAGUGCACUGCAUUUAGCCAGGGCCUACAGGGCUCUGGUCAAAAGUAGUGCGCUGUGUAGGGAAUAGGGGGCCAUUUGGCACUCACAUCUUAGUUGGCUGUGCAGUAGAAGUGCAGUGGUCUAGGCUUUAGUUAGUCACUACACAGGAAAAUGUCAGGUACUUUUAGCUGUCGUCACAAAUGAUAGUUAUGAAAAAGAAGGGGCGCAAUGAAGCAUCAAAGAACUCCAUUCAGAUGGCUUAUUAAACCAGAGUCCUUUAGUAAUUAGUCUGUUCCCAUGUGAAGCAUUUACGUCCACCCACCCAUCCUCUGGUAGAACUCAGGGACUAUUGUUGUACACCUACCAGGGAUAAUGGAUGCAUUAUGUGGUGCAUACACAAUCUAUUUGAGAGUGUGAAUAAUGUAGUCAACAACAGUGAAUCUGUAUUACAGGGUAACUCCUACAUAUUUACAUCAUUGAUGAGAUGACGCUUGCAAAAUGAAUGACAAAAUCGUGUGUUCAAAACUAUCCCAAACCAAACACACCUGGUCUGAUUCUAUACUGAACAAACAAUAUAAAACGCAACAUGUAAAGUGUUGGUCCCAUGUUUCAUGAACUGAAAUAAAAGAGUCCAAAAAUGUUCCAUAUGCACAAAAAGCUUAUUUAUCUCAAAUUUUAUGCACAAAUUUGUUUACA